UAUUUGACUUUAAUUUUGAUAGGAACUUGUUAUGUAAAUCUUUUAAGACAAAAACCCGUGGGUACCCAUGAACCCACGGAUACCCAGCGGGUUGGGUUGGGUUUGAGUUUUUUAAACCCAAUGAAUUUUACUUCGGAUUUUUUUCACGGAUAAACCCAUGGGUUUGGAUUUGGGUUUUGCAAAACCCAACCCGACCCGGUGCCAUCCCUACUUCCAUCCUUCCCCUUGACUUCGUCACCUCCCAAAAAAAGAAAAGUAAGAUCAAUUUAUAUUGUGAUUUCACACAAUAACAAUAAAACAAGUAGAGUAACCAUGAGAUAGAAUCUUUAGCAUGGCUCAAAUCAAGUUUCCUUUUUGCUGUUCGGAGUUGGAUAAUUAAUUGAGCCUCCCGGGCUUUCUUUCCUUGCCUUGGCCGAUUCAUUCCCGCAACCUGCUUCCAUUGCAGUGGUCCGGAUCCGGAAACCAAAUCGCUCCACCACGGAGAAGGAUGAGCUUAAGGUUGUCUUCUUCUCGCGGGUAAUUCACCUUGUUCCCGUCUAGCUUGUCUGCGUAUUCCCAGCAAGCAUCUUUUUCCCAAACCAUGCUUGUGAAGGAUUUGUUUAAUUGUGAUGCCGCUCUCCCCCUCGAACCGUCUGAAGCGGAUGACGGCGACCCAGGCAGCGCACAGAGCGGCGUGGACUUUCAGUUGCUUGUACGCCUCAGCCUUGUCCGGCUUCUCCUUCUGCUCAACGACGGCGUCACUUUACUAUUGAAUACAAUCUCGGUGCCAACGACCGCCGGCAAGCACGGUAAGGCAAUGGGCGAUGUAAAUCGCUCAAGCCAGAAUCGGUAUCCUGUUCGGUACAUAAUGACAGCAAUCAAACGUCUUAAAAUUGUUAGAAACAGAACAGAAAAAUUAGGAUUGUCGAUCUGGCUGAGUCGCGGACUAGGUCGCUCUCUUUAAGACGUUCGCAGCACUGCCUUCAUUGCGCACAACAGACUAUCAGCCGGUCGCCUCCAGGAUAAAACAACUAUUCUAAUUUUUUUUAGCUCUAUGAAUUCUCUCUCGUGUUUCUGCUCUUCUGAGGUAUGUUUAGAGAGUCUGGGGGGGCUGCUAUUUAUAGGAGAAAAAACCCAAAAUAUUCCCUCUUUCUUUGGGAAUAAGUCACAUUUUAAGCAGGGAGAUAAGUAUUCUCAUAAUUAAAAUAUAAUUUAUUAAGAUAAUUAAUCUUAAUUAUCUCCAUAAUAUUCUUUUUAUUAAUUAUCCAUCUUAUUUUCGUAUUAUAAAAAAAUACUAAAUAAUUAAAUAGUAAUUUCAUUUAUAGUUUUUCAAAACUAUUCAUCCCAAUUCCCAAGUGGCUUUCAGCGAGGUUCCCUUUCGCAUACAAUUCAGCCGCUGAAAGGAGACAACCAAGAUCGUUGGAAGGACUAAGGAGCAUUAUCAACAUUGAUAACCAUAUUAUAGCCUAGCAUUAUCAAUUUUUUUGAAAGAAUUAUUAAUAAAACAUUAACCAUUAUUAACAAUUCAAAAUGUCAUUACCAAGAUCGUGUUACAUUUUUAAUCGUAUAAACACAUCAUUGUUUCUCUUUUGUUCGAUAUAUACUUUUAAUGAUAUAUGGUAAGGCACCAUGUCAGUAACAUUUUUAAUAGUUAGUAACAACUGUCGUUUUCAUCAUCAACAUGCUCGACAUACAUUUUUAAAGUAAUAAUCAUUAUAGCUAAGCAUAUCAAAUUUUUGAGUGAUUAUUAAUAAAACAUUACAUUAUUAACGAUUUAAAAUUGUUUGAUGUAUCAUGAUAUCACUUGUUUUGUUGUUUGUUUGUUUGUUGAAACGAGUAAGCCAUCUUUGGAAGCUCAUUUAUUUAAUAUCGUAUUGUGCAAACAACCAUAGACGAAAACCUAGCGAACAAUAAUAAAACACAAAGACGAUGAUUUGUGCAAAAAGCUAUUGACGAAAAGUCGAAAAACUAGCGAACAAUAAUUAAACACAAAAGUUGUAGAAUGGUGAGUGGAGUAAAAGAAGGACUUGGAAGUUCCCCACUUGCACUUGAAGGAGUGUGUGAGUCAAUAAUAACUCCAAUGUUAGACUUUUAUAUAUUCACAUUCAUUCCUCGUAGCUCUCUUAGUCCAAAAUUACUGAUCCAAAUAACCCUGAAAGAUUGUCAAUUAUUUUAUGUAAAAACCUGCGACAAUCGAAGUCAUCUAUUCUUUGAUUGUUUCAUUUGUUAGUAUUCUCGAGCUGUUGUUUGCAAGGUGGGGAAUUUGUUUGGGAGCAGUAGUUGGGAACUCAGGUUGUCUGAUGCCGGUGCUUUGGCAUGUCGUCCUACAGCUAUGGGAAGGUUAAUUGGUCUCUUAUGGUGCUCUUCGAUCACCUUCAUCUGGCAGGAGCGAUGCAGAAGAAUCCAUGGAGAACGUCCCAGGCCUGUUGAUCAAGUUGCCGGCUUAUGGGUACAAGAUUAAAAGUUUGUUAUUAAUUGUUAUCCUGUUUUGAUUGCUGAUUGUCAAAGUUUAGGUGAGUAGUGGAGCAAAUUAAAGUUGUAUAGUUGGGGGAUGGUUGGUUUUUCACUUUUCAGGGAGUUCCUUCCUUGGGGUCUGGGGACUUCCUCUCGUUGUAUCAGUGUGUAGUGAAGUGAUCGCCUUGAUUCCUACUCCGUUUUUAUUUGCAAUAAAAUGGAAGACUGAUUCAACGAAGACAAAAAAUCCUGCGACAAUUAUAAUUUAAGUAUCAGUGAUGUUUGCUUAUUGUUUUGCAUGGUUCCAGCUAUACUUGAGAGGGACGCUUAGAUUUAGUUUACUCAUUGAGCUCAAUGAAUCGUUUUUUAUCAC